AUCGGGUAAGGUGGCUGCCGCAGGCUUUGCAGCUAAGGUGAAGUGCCCGCGGUUGGCCCCUGCAGCAUGAAGCCCAGGCCUGCGGUGUUCAUAGACGGGAAGCUGAAGCAGCGGGUCAUUCAGUACCUCACCAGCAAUAGAUGUGGCAAAUACGUGGACACUGGGAUCUUAGCGUCUGAUUUGCAAAAAAUGUACAGUGUAGAUUAUGGCCGAAGAAAAAGAAAUGCUUUUAGGAUUCAAGUAGAAAAAGUAUUUAGCAUCAUUUGUAGUGAGAAAGAACUUAAGAAUCUUAAAGAAUUAGAGGACAAACAUCUGGCAAAAAGAGCAAGACAAGAUGAAGAUGAUGAGUACACUGAAAGCUAUUCUGAUGAUGAUUCAGACAUGGAAGAUUACCCAGACCCACAGUCAGCAAAUCACAUGAACAACUCCCUGCUGUCUUUGUAUCGGAAAGGAAACUCUGACUCUGUUUCAAACACUUCGAAGUUGGACCAAGGAGAAGCCACCACUUCAACACCAUUGCUGACUUCUAAAACGAGCAUCAUGCCAUUGAAGACCCCUGCCAGAGAAUCUGAGGGAGGAUGGUUUAUUGACAAAACCCCAGGUGGAAAGAAAGACAGUCAUCUCUUGGACCUAUCAGAUGACCAAAGCAACUUAAAGCCAGAUUCUGAGAUACAGAAUUUAAAAGGUUCUCUUCUGGAAAGUGAUAAGAAAAGGAAAGGUAGGCCAAAGGGGAAAGGAAACAAAAGAAAGACGGCGGAUCUUCAGGAAGUAGAUGGAGAAAUAGAAGCUAUUCUGCAAAAGAAAGCUAAAGCAAGGAGUGUAGAGUUGCAGAUUUCCAGUGUGAAGUUUGAAGAUGUUGGAGGCAAUGACGCAACAUUAAAAGAAGUCUGCAAAAUGCUGAUACACAUGCGUCACCCAGAGGUAUACCAGCACCUUGGUGUCGUACCUCCUCGUGGAGUUCUCUUGCAUGGGCCACCAGGCUGUGGGAAGACAUUACUUGCGCAUGCCAUUGCUGGGGAACUUGACUUGCCAAUUCUGAAAGUGGCCGCACCAGAGAUUGUGUCAGGAGUUUCUGGAGAAUCUGAGCAAAAGCUCAGAGAUUUAUUUGACCAAGCUGUGUCAAACGCACCCUGUAUUGUUUUCAUUGAUGAAAUUGAUGCUAUUACCCCCAAAAGAGAAGUUGCUUCAAAAGAUAUGGAACGAAGAAUUGUAGCCCAGCUUCUAACCUGCAUGGAUGAUCUGAAUAACGUGGCAGCUACAGCUCGAGUUCUAGUAGUUGGAGCUACUAACCGACCAGACUCUUUGGAUCCUGCUUUAAGACGUGCAGGAAGAUUUGACCGAGAAGUAUGCCUGGGUAUCCCAGAUGAGGCUUCCAGAGAAAGAAUACUUCAAACUUUGUGCCGAAAACUGAGACUUCCAGAAACUUUCAAUUUUUGUCACUUAGCACACCUAACGCCGGGCUUUGUUGGUGCUGAUCUGAUGGCACUUUGCCGAGAGGCAGCCAUGUGUGCAGUCAAUAGGGUCUUGAUGAAGCAGCAGGAGCAGCAGAGUCCUGAGAUGGAAGGGUUGCCCCCUAAAGGAGCCCAGGAGGAGAGGCGGGGGGCUGACCCCACUUCUGAAACACAGGAUGAAUUGCAAAGGCUGUUGAGGUUGCUAAGAGACCAAGAUCCCCUCUCACAGGAACAGAUGCAAGGACUGUGCAUUGAAUUAAAUGAUUUUAUUGUUGCUCUAGCGGAAGUCCAGCCUUCUGCCAAAAGGGAAGGCUUUGUAACUGUCCCUAAUGUGACAUGGGCUGAUAUUGGCGCCCUGGAAGAUGUUAGAGAAGAGCUCAUUAUGGCAAUAUUGGCACCAGUUCGCAACCCAGACCAGUUCAGAACGCUUGGUUUGGUGACUCCAGCUGGCAUCCUCCUAGCUGGUCCUCCUGGAUGUGGGAAAACUCUGCUAGCAAAGGCUGUGGCAAAUGAGUCUGGACUAAAUUUUAUAUCCGUCAAAGGCCCUGAGUUAUUAAAUAUGUAUGUUGGUGAGAGCGAGCGUGCGGUGCGACAGGUUUUUCAGCGAGCCAAGAACUCAGCACCCUGUGUGAUAUUUUUUGAUGAAGUGGAUGCUUUAUGUCCUCGAAGAUCAGACCGAGAAACAGGUGCUAGUGUCCGUGUGGUGAAUCAGCUGCUUACAGAGAUGGAUGGAUUGGAAACACGCCAGCAAGUUUUUAUUUUGGCUGCCACUAAUAGACCAGAUAUCAUUGACCCCGCCAUUCUGCGCCCAGGCCGGCUGGACAAAACACUCUUUGUGGGUUUGCCACCCCCAGCAGAUCGUGUUGCCAUAUUAAAGACUAUCACAAAAAAUGGCACCAAACCUCCACUGGAUGAAGAUGUAAAUUUGGAAGCAAUUGCCAAUGACCUUCGUUGCAAUUGCUAUACGGGUGCAGACCUCUCUGCUUUGGUACGAGAAGCUUCUCUCUGUGCCCUGAGACAAGAAAUGACCAGACAGAGGAGUGUGAUUGGAACAGGUGAGCUCAUGGUCAGCCAUAAACAUUUUGAAGAAGCUUUCAGGAAAGUAAAGCCAUCUAUAUCAGUAAAGGAUCAAAUGAUGUACGAAGCUCUGCAGAGGUCCCUCAGUCAGUGACGUUUGCAGUACCUGGCAUAAAGGUGUCCAGUGCAUGGAACUCACCAAGAAUCACCCUUCCUCUGAAGGGUCUGUUCUCAGCCUGACACAGAUGACUUCAUUAUAAGCAUUUUAUUUUCAAAUUAUUGAGACCCAACUGGAGAAGAUGAUGUUUCCCAUCUGACCAACUUUGUGGAAAAACUACCUACCUCUUCAUUAAGAAAAAGAAAGAAAAGGGGACUGAUAAAGCCUUUUUCAAAUAAAAUUUUAUUUUGAAAUAUCUUGAUCAUAUGUAAAGUUACAAAAAACUUUUUCUGAGAAGUGGUCACCUCACUCCUCAUCACCCCAGAUACACAUUCAUGUAGGUUUUCUGUAAACCAAGAUAUUUUCCUAUAUAACCAACUGGUCAAAAACACUGACACAUUGCUGCUAUUAUCUAUUUCCAGCCGUCUUUCUCAGCUGCUCUAAUGUCAUUUCUAGUAAAAGGGUCUAGUCUAAAUUAGCUAUUCCAGUGUGUUAAGUCUUUUAGUUCCCUUAAAUAGUUUCCAACAGUUUUUUUUUCUUAUUGGGUUUUUGUUUGGAAACAGUUUGUAUGUAUCCUUGACUUGCCUGGAAUUUAUAUUUAGAAUAGGCUGGCCUCCGCCUCCUACGUGUUCUGUGUGCCCCCAAAGCCUUUUGGAGUUCAUAGGUCAGUGAUUGGGUUCACUUAGUUUGCAUCUUUUUGAAGAUAGAGUAAUUAAACUGCACUGUCUUGGGUGGUAAUGUAAUUUCAUUGUCACUGAAGACCGUCACUCUGGUCACGUGAUUCAAGGGCUUCUGAUAGGCUUCUUUGUAGGAAGGUGUUUUCACCUCUUACACAUGCAUUCCACCCUCACAAGAUUCAGAGUAUAAUGUUUUUUAAUUUAUCAUUCAUUUUCGUGAUUUGAUUUUCAGAUUGUCUCAGAUUGUGUCUUUAGUGGAUUUCUAAGAUGUUUUGUAAAUGAUUUUGUAUCAUGAUUAUUUCGUCAAACCAUUUAAUUGUUGCUGUCUAAAACAGGUCUAAUUACUUCAUUUUCUUCCUAAGUUUUUAUUCUAUCUCAUUGUACAAAGUCUUUGAGAUUACUUUUAAGAAUGUUAUUGAUGGGGCUGGAGAAAUGACUUAGUAAUUAAGAGUACAUAGUGCCCUUUUAGAGGACAAAGUGUGAUUCCCAGCUCUUACAUAAGCAGCUCAACACUGCCUGUACUCCCAGCUCCAGGAGAUCCUACACCUCCAGCUUCCAUAGGCACCUGUGCUCACGUACAUGCAAACCCCCCCCCAACACACACAACACACACUUUUUAAAAAAAUAUAUAUAUAUAUAUUUUUUUAUAAAAAAAUGAGAUUGAUAAUGUGUUGACAAGAUGGCCCAGCAGGUAAAGGCACUUGCUACCAAGCCACACAACCUGAUUUUGAUCCUGGAGACCCACAUGGUAGAAAGAAAGAACUAAGUCCUGAAAGUUGUACUCUGACCUCUAGGUGUGUCUCUCACACAUACAUAUAAAUAUAUAAAUUGGAAAAAUAUGACUGAAAUAAAAUCAGGUUUACAAAGGUCAACAAGACUCCUUUUUCUUGACUUCAGAGAAGUUUGCAGGUACUAAACAAAAUGACACUGUUCAAUGAAGGACAUAAAGGAGAACGAUAUUAGAUCCCAGGAGACCAACGGAGGCUAGAAGAAAAAACAAACCAGGAUCAGUAGAGGUAGAUAAUUGAGGAUGAGCGGGAAAUUAGGAGUAAAUGCCGGAAAGCCUUAAACAGUAAACCUGAGCAGUUGAGUCUGAUGCUGUACUUACUACAUGCCCAAAAGAAAACACCACCUGGCAUAUCAGAGGUCUUCUGAUAACCAAAUGCUGGGUCCAAGCACAUUUUACUUGUGGUAGCCUGGACAUAAAUGCAGACCGUAUAAGGGCUGUGGCACAAGUUGAACAGAAGUCAGUUACUGAGCAGAAAAUAGAUUCCAGCAUGUCUGCAAAUGACAUUUUUGAACAUGCUCUAUAUACUGCUUGACACUCCUAUGUGUUCUUAUGAUGUUCUCAACUCAGUGAGGUCUGUUGACAUCCUAUUUUUUCAUAUCAUUUUAUAAAAAUGAAGAUUGAGAUUUUUCUAAUACUACAGCCUAAAUAGUCUGGCUAUAACUGCUGAAGAAGAUCCAUCCUGUUUAGAAACAUCUGGAAUUGCAUCUAUUGUCCUCACCAAAGAUUUAGCCAUCUUAAAUACAUUUUGUAGCCAAAUAUGGUGUCACAUGCCUUUAAUCCCAGCACUUGGAGGUAGACGGAUGGACCUCCCAGUUCUAGACCAGCAAAGACUGUAUCAUGAAACUGUCUUUUGUAAAAAAAUAAAAACAAAAAAAAAAUUUUGUGUCAGACACUGCUGACAUGAUGAAGGAGCAACCUCAGAAGAACUUUUUUGCCUAAUUUGGUGUGGGCCAGAUACUGCUAAUUGUUCCUUGAUACCCAUUGUAAUUUCCUUUCCCUUUUGUUAAGAAGAGCCUAGAAACCCGGGGUUAGUGAAGUUGUGGGUCGCAGAAGAGAGCAUACUACCACCACAUAGACUAGCAUAACCUCUAACUGCAUUCUGGAGCAUACUCUCAGAUAAGUAUAGCUCUCACCCCACAUCCAAGAAGCUUCUCUUUGCAGCAGAGCCCAUUACAGAAAACUACAACUGGCCAUAGUGCAAAGACUUGUUUGGUUCCCAGCCCCAGCAGAUACAUCUACAGCACAACUCCUGGACCCAAGGCUCAGGGAAUAGCAAGGAAGAGAGAGUGGAAGAUUGUUAAGAGCCAGAAGAUCAGAAGUCUGCUGUGAGAUUGUGUCUCUUAGACACGACAAGGAAGCUACACCUGUGACACCCUAACAGUAUGCUUGCCUAACAAGACCUGAACAAUAGGCAGCUAAGGACUGCUGAGAGAGUUCAUCUCUCCCAGGGAUGAGCCUCCCUAGUUGGUUAUCGUAAUCCAAUAAAAAGUGACCAGUCCUGAAAUGUUAAACUGAUUUAACAGAUUGAUAGACUGUAUUUGUGUGUGUGUGUGUGUGUGUGUGUGUGUGUGUGUGUGUGUGUGUAAAACAAAAGGCAAGCAGUUCAAGAGUGACUGGGGAGCCGGGCGGUGGUGGCGCACGCCUUUAAUCCCAGCACUCGGGAGGCAGAGGCAGGCGGAUCUCUGUGAGUUCGAGGCCAGCCUGGUCUACAAAGGGAGUUCCAGGACAGGCUCCAAAGCUACAGAGAAACCCUGACACGAAAAAAAAAAAAAAAGUGACUGGGGGUUGAUGGGAAAUGUUUGAGAAAGGGAAGGGGAAAGUGAUAUAAUUUUUACAAAGUUAACUAUGAC